UCAAUCAACAUGCCCGAAAUCUGACCCUGCGCAGGUUGCUUGGGUUACUCAACCUUUAGCGUUUCUUUCGGUAUUUCUCCUUAAUGUUGGGAGAGUCGUCGUUUGAAGGGACUGAUCGCGUGCUGGUUUUAGGUGCUAUCCAGACCACUGACAACAGAUUUGUUUCUUAAACAUCACCUAUCAAGCAAGCUUGAGCUUGUUUCUCCAUUUAGAUGGGGCCCACAUUCAGACCGUCUUGACCUGACCAGGCCAGGCCACCGACACGAGAAUAGGAUUUGCUAUAUAAGACGGGUGGCUGAUCCAGUUAGGUAUCAGUUUCCAUUUCGAAACACACUGCCCAAACCUCCACUCCAAAAUGAAGCAAGCUUUGAUCGCGCUCUCCCUCGUGGCCGCCACGACCACAGUGGUCAUGUCCGAGCCUGUCCUUGGCGGGCUUGUGGCAUUGGGUCUCUUGAAGCUUGGAGCUUUCAAGCUUGGAGCUGCCAUCGGUUCUAGUAGCCGUCGUCGUAGUUACGGCAGACGCCGUGGAUUUAGCCGCGGGCGACGUUUCGGCCGCUCCGUUGAGGUUGAGGGCGUUAAAGUCCAAGAUCUUCUCUUGAAGGCUUCUGUCAAUGAUGUGGACGAUUGUGCCAAGAACUUUGUCUGCCAACUGAACACCAAGUCUAUCGAGUCCAUGGAUAGUGUUGAGCAAACCCUCUUGGCCAUCUACGGUCAGGACGCCUCCAUUGACGUGUCCAGGAGCGAUGUUGAAUUCCAAUUGGCCGCCAACGUUGGCCGUUUGGCCGGAGCCGAGCAAUGUCAAACCGUCUAUGCCCGUUGUCCCAUGGAAUACGACCAACUCCUGCAAACUUUUGAGGGAAAAUUCACCUCAUCUGAAACUCUGAAUCAACUUUAAAUCUGAUGCUAAGCAAGUACCAAACCAGCCUUCUAUUCAGAAGCAAACUUAGAAAAAUAUGUCAUGAAUCAAAAAAAAAACCAGCUCUAGAAACAAAGAAACACACGUUUCCGAACACUGUAAUUCC